ACGUUGGCUGUGGAGCAGGGGCUUGGGGCGUCUGCAUCAUGGAGCAAGGACUGGUUGUUACCCAGCUGGAUGUACAGCCUGGAGAGUGUGUCAAGGUCAAAGGGAAGAUCCUAUCCGAUGCCAAAGGGUUUUCUGUGAAUGUAGGGAAGGACAGCAGCACACUCAUGCUUCAUUUCAACCCUCGCUUUGACUGCCAUGGGGAUGUCAACACUGUUGUGUGCAACUCAAAGGAGGAUGGCACGUGGGGUGAGGAGGACAGGAAGGCUGACUUCCCUUUCCAGCAGGGCGACAAGGUUGAGAUCUGUAUCUCCUUUGAUGCAGCAGAGGUCAAGGUGAAGGUGCCUGAAGUGGAGUUUGAGUUUCCCAAUCGGCUGGGCAUGGAGAAAAUUCAAUACCUGGCUGUGGAGGGUUCCUCUUAAAUUGACUGGAAAUUGAAGAUAACAGUUUCAGGAACACUAACUCAUGAAAAAUGAUGCCCCACUCUCUUCCCUGUGACUUUUCUGAUAGGCCUCAAAGGUGAAAGCCAGUUAGUACUAAGUAAACAGUAAUUUUCCCCCGCAAGUGAGAUGCUGACUGAGAGUGAGGAUGAAAAACACGGGGAAGGCAGAUGCAGCAGAAUUGCCAGGUCACAGCCUGAACCAAUGGUUGAGCACCAGGCGAGGAGGCGUAGCUAACCCAGGGAGCUCAGGUGCAAGCAGUGCACCUGAGUGACUGGAAGGGGUGAAGCUUGGAUACACUCUUCCUCACCCUCAUUUAAGGGUCAGCAGCUGAGGGAGCAGUAUCUUUCUGUAUUGUACUCCUCUUAAGCUGUCCCUGGUUGGUGGAAGGGGUGAGCUAAUUUUUCUUUCUUUGUUAUCUGCUAUUGCUCCAUAGUGCCUCUAUCCCAUUAGAAGGCACCGACAUUGCCUUCUUUUGCCCUACAGCAGAUCAUACAGUAGCAUCCCUGAGAGGCAAAGAUGUGUACUCUCGACUGGAAAGACAGAGGAAAGGAAUAAGCAGACGAAAUACAGAUCUAUAUUCCCAGUAAGACAGCAAUGCAAAUCAUGCUUCCUGUAUCUAACUUGCUGGGGCUGUUUUUUGCUACUGAAGCCAUGUAGCUAUAGGUUCAGAUCUGAAAAUCUCAUAGAGCCCAAUUCAACACUCACGUUUGUUUCAGUGAAUGUAAAAGGACGAGACAAUAACUGUAAAAUUCUGUCCAUUAUACUUCUGUUCUGUGAAAUUAUGCCACCACUCUGCCAACUAAGUUUACAUUAUACUCUAGUUCUAGGAAUAUGACAGAAAAGCAAGGUGGGAAAAGGAGUAAUGAACUUUUUGCUAAAGGCACCAAGAAAUAGAUCUACUGACUUUGCCAAUGCUUGCUUACCUUCAAAUACAUGUCAAGAUGUGCUUCUGCCAAGCUCAGCAAACGCAGCAGUUAGGAGAGCAAUUUUUGAACAAAGUUAUGCAAAGGCUAUUGCUCCAACGAUAAAGAAAUGUGAGCUUUAAUUCAUUCUUCAUCUGAAGAUCUUAGCUGUUAGAGAAAUGUAAAAUAACUAUCACCUGCCUCAUUUGCUGAUGCUUGUGUGUACAGUGGGAGCAUAUGGAGAGCUUAGCAGACCACAAAGCCAUGCCAAAUAUCUGAAUUUCUUGCAAACCACCGCGAACUCUUAACCUCAAAGUUUUUAGCUGGAAACUCUACAACAGAAACAGUUUUAUACACUAUUUAGUAAAACCUUAUAGACUACCACCACAAGGCUGGCCAAUGGCCCACUGCUCAGAAACACCUGACCUGCAAGCAUAACACCAGCAUACUGAGAAAGACUUGGUGUUGCUGCCUGCAGCACUUGUGGGCAAAGGUAGCUUUGCUGCUUGCACUACAGCAUGCUGCCCUUGAAAUGGGGGCUGGUUCCUCCAGCACACAGGCAGACCCUGCUUAGCUGGGAGGCUCUUCCUGACCUGAGGGAAAGCUGCAGGGCUUUCUUUCUCAGGAAAGAACAUGCCAAAUAGAAAAGGCCCUGUUGGCUGGUCCUAGCCUGUUCACAAAAGCCUAUCAGAUUUGCUGGUCUUUUUGACUCAUUUUGGUAAGUGCAGGAUGAAAGGAUGGCUGUAAAAAAAUUAAAUGAACACAAUUUUCAAAUACACCAAA